GAACCACUGAACAAGCACUCGACCACACUAGCAUCUCGACUCAUGGGUACUCACGGCCGUUUCUAGCUUGAAAAGCAUCCACAAUUAGGCUUUCUUCGUUUCUAUACACCCGUCUAGGAAACAAGCCUUUCGCAGCCCCUGUUCUUCUGUUGUACGGCCUAUAUGGGGAGCCUCAUGCAAGUUUACCGCUAGACUGAAGCCUCUCCUGCUGGCUCACGACAAGAACCCUGCAUCACGAUAGACGCCAUCAGGCACAUGCGGCACGCCCAAGGAGCAAAAAAGAAUGAAGGCUGAAAGACGGAACGCUCUGGUUGGCUGUGUGAGAGAUGGGGGAGAUGUAGGCGACGAUGUCGGCCGCCCCCUCCCUUGACUCGUCCUUGUCACAUUCUGUCCGAGUCUCACUCCAUAAGUAUACUUGCAUCCUGCCCAUCUCCACCAUGGCGCUCUUGAUUCUUCUGUCUUUGGUUCCUCAGGAUCUCUACAACACCUUCUUCUCACUCUCGCCAGGGCUGCCGAGACCGUCGAGUCGACAAGAGACGUGAACAUAUCGUCUUGCUAUACAGUCUUAUCUAUCAACUCCGGGACACCAUGGAGAAUACUCAACAUCAACAGCCUCAGAUGCAGCCUCAAGCACAACCUCAACCCCAGAUUCAGCAUCAACCACAGCAGUAUACACACCAUGCUUCAACCAGCCCACCGCCAGCCAUGAUCAUGACCCCGGCGUGGAUGGUUGCCAUCCGCGGCGUGCAGUUCUUUCUCGCCGUCGUCAUCCUCGGCUUGUCGGCAGCCAUCAUUCACUGGGUGUACAUGGACGAACUCGGCCUCGCUGUUGCUAUUCCUCUCUUCACGUGGAUCAUCGUGCUUUACGCCGUCCUCUCCGAAAAGAUUUCUUCUCUCCGCAACCUCUACCAUACCUACGCCGUCCUCGCUCUGGAUCUCUUCCUUGUCAUCCUCUGGCUCGCAACAAUGGGUGCCUGUGCUGCCCGUCGCGCUACCUUCACCGUUGAUGUAACAGCCUCCUGCACCUCGGAUGGCUCCGCUGUGAACUCGGGAAGCUGCACCAUCUUCAAGCGAUACAUCGUCAUGAGCCAGGGCGCAUUGGCCAUGUUCUCUGCUAUUGCAGGAUUGUCUGCCCUGCAGUUCAUCCUCUUCUUGGUCACCUUCAUCUGGACUCUUGUUCAGUUCCUGCGCUGGAGAAAGACCAACGCACCUGCCGCUGCUGCAAGCGCCAGUCAGGGUGAGAUCCAGAUGGAGUCUAAGCAGCCGUUCCUCACGCAGCAGACUGCGUACCAGCAGCCGCAGAACGGCCAGGUGCCCCAUCAGCAGCAACAGCAGCAGUUCUACCCACCUCAGUCCUACACGCCUCAACCGCAGGCUCCUCCUCAACAGUACCAGCAGCAGCCACCUCAGCAGUACCAGGAGAUGCCGAACCAGCAACCCCAGCAACAACAGUACCAGCAGGCUCCUCUGGCCCAGAACUACACUCAGCCGCCGCAGGACUACCAGCAGCACCAGCAGCAGUACCCUCCUCAAUCAUAUACCCCUUCGCCUGUUCACGGCGCUGUUUCGCCGACAAAUUCUCCGCCGCCGCAAGGGCAAACUUACACCUAUCCCCCGCAGGAGCUUCGGUAGACAAUAGUUACGAGGCACGAAGAAACGGCGAUGACUUGAGACUCGGAUGAGUGGCCUAAGUCUGAACUGCUUGUCGCAUGAUGGCUUUUCGCAUGGGUUUAUUGGUUGGUGUAAUGGUUUGUUAUAUAGUUUCGGGGAGUUGGUUAAAGGAUGGAUAUGACGCUGAAGUGGUGAUUGAAAGUCCCUUGCUCUGAUUUGGAUGAUACCUUGGACCGAGUGCUUUAAUACAAUGGUUUCGCAACAGCAUUCCAAAUGACACAGACGCCUGCCGAUCCACGAUCCUGUGUAUCCUGCCAUACCAUCUUCGCC